CCCAAUAAUUUUAUCAUUUUAUCAUUUACAUUAAUGUGUGGCCGUAACAUAUACUAUCAGCGUCCACAAUUAAUCAGACAAUUAACUGUGAUUUAUAUAAUUAAUUUGUAAAAUUAAUAUUGCAGUGUAUAAAUAAUGAUACUUUAAUGUCUAGAAUUGAUUAUAUUAGUAUAGAAGGUUUGAGGAUAGAUGGCAGGAGGAAGGAUGAGCCUAGAAAUACUAAAUUGUUCUUUGGAUCUGAGACAAGUGUCGAUUAUCUUAAUUAUGACGGUGUUUCUGAGAUUCUUCAGGGAUUAAAUAAAGUUCAAGUACUCAUUAAAGGCCCUUCUGAGUUGGAAGUAAAGGGAGCAAAGAAUGUGUAUGGAAUAUUGGAGGAGAAAGUUGAUAUACACUGUGAAAUCCUAUUGUCAACUGAGAAAAAGGUUAAAAACUCUCCAAACGAGAGACUAAUUAAGGACCUCGCUAUGGCCGUAAAGUCUACAUACCAGGAAAUGAUCAUUUCUCACUGUUACAAGACGAGUUCAAUUUCCAUUUUUAUCAACGUAAUUGAGUACGACGGGAGCAUAAAGUCGACAGUAUUAAACGCUGUAGGCCUAGCACUUAUUGACGCCGGUGUUUCUCUCAAAGAUAUCGUCUCCUCCUCAACCGUUUCAUACUUAGAUUCAACUGUCCUAACGGACCCAAAUCAAAUGGAAAUCAAUGCCUCAACUGCCACUCUAUGUAUCGCCUUUUCUUCUUCAAACAAUAACAUAAUUUAUAUGGAUUACAAGUCAAAAGUAGCACUGGAAGAUUUCAAGUUAAUGUUCGACUCUUGCGUUUCUGGCUCCAGGAUAUUCAUCGAAUACGUUAAACAAAGAUUAAUCAACUAUGCCAACAAAGCUGUCAAUCUCAAUCGUAAAAUUCACCCAUAUUAACUUUUUUAAGACCAAAUUAAUUUUUUAAAACUUA